AUGUCUAGCGUAUUCUUCUACGAACCCUUCUACGACUUUGACCGCCUCUUCGAACUUGCUGCCUCCCCUCGGCAGUCCAACCAGGCUGCUGGGAACAAUGGCCAAGCCGUCGUCCAACGUUCUACUGACGGAGUUGUAAGGUCCUGGAAACCAAGAAUGGACCUCCACGAGGACAACGAAAAUAAUCUCGUCACUGCGACGUUCGAGUUCCCUGGCGUAUCGAAAGAGGACGUCCAGAUCAAUGUCCACAACGGGAAGCUCACGGUCUCUGCGGAGACGAAGCAGUCAAAUGAACACGAGAAGAGCGGCUACGCUGUACGCGAGCGCCGCUUCGGCAAGUUCUCUCGUACACUCCAGCUUCCUCAAGGAAUCAAAAUCCAGGAAGAGGAAAUCAAGGCGUCGAUGGACAACGGAGUCUUGAGCGUCGUAUUCCCGAAGUCGACCCCUGAACUCGCUCCGAAGCGCAUUGCCGUAGCCUAA